GUUGGUGCUGAUAUGAUGUCGGAUCUACAGCGUGUCCUGGCCGCACGUCGUCGAGCUCGUGAAGGCGAUGUAUGUGUUCUCAUCUCUCACUCCCUCGACUUUUAUCUGCUAUAUUGUAUGGCCAUACUAUCCUACUUUUUGCCCACCUUCCACCUGGCUGCUGUUGCUGUUGCUGCUGCUUGCUCCUUUAAGGCUUCUGUCCUUGCUGUCAUUGCAAAUGAAUUUUACUUACCCGCCUUUCAGACCGACGAGGCAGAUGGGGAUGCGACUGCAGGCAGCGGGGGUGCAGCGGCCUGCAACGAAACCAAUUCUUCCACUCUGGGUCAUUAUCGGCGGCCUUCCCAGUCCUCGAAUCCCGGCAACCACAACAAUAACAGCACAACUGCCACCUACGCCACUCCUGUUGUUUCCUCUCAAACCUCCUCAGCCUACGGCACAAUACGAAAAAACUCCACUCCAGUGACGUCGAAUGAAAAUUUGGGCACCCAGUUGAUCACCAGGGCAGAUCUAGAGGCCUUCAAACGAGAAAUUCUUGCCGAAUUUCGAAAAGAAGUAAAAACUCUGAAGAGCGAGAUUUUGGAUGGCCCCCUCGAAACCUUCGGGGCAAAUUUUAUACCGAUCCAAUAUCUGUCCUUUUGA